GCCUUAAAAUAUAAAAUAAACUAAAUAUUUGGACAUAGCAUAGCUAGAACUGUGAAACUUAAAACAUGGAAAAAGAAAACAAAGUUGGGAAUUGAUCUCUGGCCAUUUAUUAUACAUACAAGGAAAAAAUCACUCUUCUUUUACGAGUAGGACCAAAAGAAAGGUUGAAUAUAUUUUGCCACCUCUAAAUUCUAAUAUAUAAUUUUGGAAGGAAGCGAACUGUAGCUAAGGAGGAGAUCCUCUCCUGCGGACGCGACUAGGUGAGCUCCCUCUUAUUUUGUCCUCUUGUAUUCAGUAUGAAAGGGACGUACACUAUGCUUGAGUCCUCUUCUUUAUUUUAUCUUCUUGUAUUCAAUAUGAAAGUGGCGUGCACUAUGCUUGGGUCCCUAUAGUCGGUGUGCACUGUUGUUUCCCCGUAAUUGCUUUAUUGGAGGCUUUUAAUCCCGUUGCAUGUACUUGUACCGUCACAUAGCUGCCCAUUUCCUUUCCUAUAUAACCGUCCAUAUCUUUGAAGGAGAGUCUCACAAUUUCUUCCUUUCUCGAGCCAUUAUGUGUUCUUUCAUUCUUUUUUUUUCGUUCUACUUGUUUCUUCCACAGUUGCAUGUUUGUUCAUGGGAUGGUCAUUUCAUGGAAUUCCUCGACCGCAUGGUUGAUGUUCUCUCUAUCCAUUUUGUGUGGUUUCUCAAAAGUUGUAUCCUUCCUUUUUAAGUAAUGAUGUGACUGGUUGGGUAGGGUGAGAUAUUUGUUGCUGCACAAAAAGAUGCAUAUUCCUAUUGCUGCUCUGUCAUUAUUUCCACCGCCGCCGCCAGGUUUACCACAAUGGCUCGUUGGAAAGGACCAUUCUCAUAAGUCCAUUGUUGGUUUGUUUAUCUUCUGUUUAGGUGAGAAAGUUACCAUUUUUUAAAAAGGAAAAUGGUUCCAUGGUGGAUUGCAAUUUCAGGGGUAGCACCAUAUGUCCCCUCGCUUUCCGAGGUGCCAGCUUUUAAAGGUGUCUCCAUUUGUUUAGGAGUUUGCAAGAAGCACAAUCUGACCUACAACUGUGCCUCGUUCUGGAUGGCGAAUGUCUUCACCUACAACACACUCGGAGCCGUCGCGUUGCAAGACAAGGACGUAUCCAACCCUGUGCCAAAGAAUCUGGUGUGGGAAGCUCUCAACACUCAUGGUUGACGAUGACGAUAUAGGGAUCUUUGAAGUUUUUUUCUGGGAUGUUUUCGGCUUAUGCAGCUCGAUGUAAUUGUUCCCAUGUGUUGGUGUGGCAUUAAUUCUUGCAUUUUGUUGUGUCACCUUGUACGCUAGAUUUGGUUUGGUUGAGAUUGAACUCUGGAAAAACAGAAGCACUGAGAUUUUGAUCUAAGCUGGAAAAAUGAGUAAGGAAGUUGGAUAUGCUCACUAGACACUAGACACUAGCUUAUGUUUAUGUAUUAUUACCUUUGCUCCCACUUCUCAACCAUUCUCAUUAUGCCAUGCACUAAUGCAAACCUCUGUUCGAAAAUGAGAGGCGCCCCCCAACACUUCAGACUAGCCGACUCAAUUAUAAGGUGUGAUAUUGCAAGCGAUCCACCAACCUAUAUCACCUUAUCCAGAUUCGAUGGAUUUGCCAGUUUAGCCGUGCAUCUUAAUUAUGAUUAUCGUACUUGCAGCGAGCGGGGAUUCAAAGCUGUUUUUAAUAAACAUGCUAGAGUUUU